AAAUGCUGUUUCACUAGUGCGGUUAUAUCAUGGACCACAGCAUUUAAAUUGAAACUGAAAGGAAAACCAUUAAGAAUAGUAAUAUAGUUUAGUUUCCCUGGUUUGUAGGUAACUUUGUACAAACAAACGCACUUCAUGACUUUGAGACGGUGUGAGUAGCCAUCAUCUGGUGAUUGUGGAGGGUGAGGGGGGGAGCGCUUUUCCCAUUAUUCCCUCCCACCUUCCCUCAUGUGGGACGGAACGGAGCUUCGGAGUUUCCUGGAGCUCCGCCAGACAGGCAGCUGAGGACGAGGAGGAGGACGCCGGUCAUUCCCCAUUAGGACUUCCACAAGGUGGAGACAGCAGCAGACGCUUUAACUGGGCUGUAACGGCUGGAAAAGACGUGCAAAGACUCCUCGCAGCCGCUGCUGCUGCUGCUGUUGCGCAGCAUCCUGCUUCUCAACUUGGACUGUUGCCUGCUCUCCAGCUUCUCUCCUAAGCACAGCUACUUUUAUUUGAUUUCUUUGGCAUUUUUAUGUCAACUUUUCCUCCGUGGAUAUCUUUGUGGAAGUACCUUGUUCAGUGUGUUUUUUGCUUGAACUCAUCUCGUGGUGAUGAUGAUGAUGAUGGUGAUCAAGAUGCUCCCCUUCAAGCCGUCCGUAGUGUUUGACACACUCCAAGGAGCAAUAUCGGAUUGUACUCAAACCAUGCGGAAUCAUUGGUAAGGUGUAUUUUUUCGGCGGCGUGUCUGGAGAAGACCAGCCCGAGGAUGGCAGGAGGGAACCGGGAGCUGACGGUCACCUCCUCCCCCGCAGUCGCAGCCAAUGCCGAGGGAGAGGAGAUUGAAGUGUUGGAGAGCACCGAUGUUCUUCCUGUGGCUCCGGAGGACCAAUGGAAGGCUCUGUUCGAUAAGUAUGACCCAGAGAAUUCAGGCUUCAUCAGUACAGAGCGGUUCAGGGAUCUUUUGGCAACCCAUGGCUCUGAGCUUGACCCCCACAAACUUGAAGUUCUCUUGGCCCUCGCAGAUGGUAACUCCGAUGGAAAGAUCUGCUACCAGGACUUUGUCAACCUGAUGAGCAACAAGCGCUCUAACAGUUUUCGGAGGGCCAUCCUGCAGGGGAGCAGGCAAAUAAAAGGCAGCAGUCUCCGAGAUGAGGUCGGUUUGGGUCUGUCUCAGCGACUGGUCCGACACGUGGCUUAUGAGACGCUGCCCCGUGAAGUCGAUCGCAAGUGGUAUUUUGACAGCUACAACUACUGGCCCCCACCCUGGCUAAUUCUGACCAUCACCAUUGUCGAGGUAGUUGUGUUCUUAUAUUAUGGAUGUCAUCUCGACCGUCUGGUUCUGCAGGUGUCUAGCCCAUCAUUCCUUAAGAGCCCUCUACCUUACCACCCUCAGCUCCGGGCCCAGGCCUGGAGGUACUUCAGCUAUAUAUUCAUGCACACUGGGAUUGAACACCUGAGCCUAAACAUGGCCAUGCAGCUGCUGGUAGGAGUCCCCCUAGAAAUGGUGCACGGAGCCGUGAGGAUCGGACUCAUCUACGUGUGUGGUGUGCUGGCAGGGUCUCUGGCGGUGUCUGUCACCGACAUGACGGCUCCCGUGGUCGGCUCAUCUGGCGGUGUGUACGCCCUGGUCUCUGCACACCUGGCCAAUGUAGUUAUGAAUUGGUCAGGGAUGAAGUGUCAAUUUAAAUUAUUCCGGAUGGCCAUGGCUCUGGUGUGCAUGAGUGUAGAAUUUGGGCGUGCCGUGUGGCUACGCUUCUAUCCCCCAGCGUUUCCUCCUUGCCCUAACCCCAGCUUUGUAGCUCACCUGGGUGGGGUGAUGGUGGGUCUCACACUGGGUGUGGUGGUCCUGCAGAACUACGAGCAGCGGCUCCAGGAGCAGUCUCUGUUUUGGAUCUUCUUCUGCGUCUACACCUUGUUCGUGCUCUGCGCUGUCUUCUGGAACAUUUUUGCCUACAGCUUGCUUGACGUGCGAUUGCCCCCACCGCCGUGACAU